GCCACGAACCAGCCGCUGACGAUGGUAGGCGACUCCCUAGCGCCAUCUUCCCCAAAUUUCCUCACCCGGAGCUCUGGCGUUCUCAACUCCAUGAUUGGGUGGAUAAUAUUCUCAACAUCUAGCCCUAUUCCAGUGGGGCUCUCGAAAGCAGCUAGAACGCCGGCUUGCCAAGUUACGAGUACAGCUGGACGGUAACAACAUCAUGCCAUGAGAUACUCCAAGUCGGCGACUCGGCGGAGUCUUGAGAUGAGGCCUCAACGAGGAAGAAUGUGAGCAUCGCAGUUGAAGCCAGUAUAAAGUGCCUGGAGCAUCGCCAUGUUGUCGAGCUGGUAUCUCAUCAUCAGCAUCUUGAGCAUUGCACUUCACCGACAGACAAACACCUCGAUUCCCUGAACCUAAUCAGAACAUCUUCAUCGAAGAAUCAACACCAGAUCACCCAGCCAUCAAACCAUUCCAUCCAUCAACAUGCGCACAUCCACGCAGUGGUCUGCCUUCGUGGCCGGUAUCCUCAUCUCGGCCCCUCACUCUGCCGUCUGCCAGAAGACACCCAACGAAAACCUCGUCCUGGCCGACUGCGGCAUCGGCCUCGGACACAAUGGCGGUUCGACGUCGCGCGAGAUGAUGUACUACUCGGGCGACGUGUGGACCGGCAACGGCGACGCCACCAACAAACCCACGCACAUGGUCAACGUGCCCUGGACCGGAGCCUACCCCUGGGGUCCGCAGGGCGUCAAGGCCAAGAUGCCCAACGGCGACGAGUGGAGCGUCUACAUCAACGAUAAGAUCAAGGACCCCAACUCGGCCGGCGACGCCUGGCACAGCUACGAGCUGGACAAGCCGCUCAAGUGCUACUCGUACCACGUCGACAAGGUCUACAAGCUGGACGACGGCAAGUGGUGCUCGAGCGCCUACGUCUGCAAUCACCGCGGCAAGCCCAGGCCCGGAAGCAGCAGCGGCGGUGGUGGCGGUGGUGGUGGUGACAAGGACAAGAUCCGCAUCACCGGCUCAACCAACUCCGACUUUGUCGAGCUGUACGAACAGACCCCCGAGCAUGUCAUGGCCACCGUCAAGAAAACCUUCAGCAGCACGAGCAUCAACUGCGACUCGACGCCCAUCAGCCUCGGCUCCAAGUGCACCAUCUCAUGGAAAUGCCACGGCGAGCCCGGCUUGAAGGCCCUCGAGAAAAUGUCGGCUGCCUACGACUCCAUGGCCGCCGAGCCCAAGUUCUCUUCCAAGCGCCAGUCAACCACCGAGGUCUGCCGCACUCCCGACACCCGGCCCGGCAAGGAGGGCCAGUGCCUGAGGUGGGAGACCAAGGUGGAUAACUACGUCAAGGUCCCGAAGACCCUUGAUCUCAUCAUGGACAACAUGCCGUCGGAUGGUUCCAACCCGAGUGUUCAUGGAUGGAUGAAUUAUGAGAUCUCCUGCGACAGAACCUCCAAGGAGUGCAUCAUUUGCAAGGCCAUUGGCGGUGCCCUGAGGAUUGCGUCCAAUGCUGCGGGUGCCACCGUCCUGCUUGGCUGCAAGGCCAACGGCUGUUAAGCAUUGCAUGUUCUGCGAGCGGGACAUGAGGCUGCAACUGGUCGAAAUGAAUGGCUUGCGCAAGCAAGCGUAUAACGAUUGGGGGUUAGUACCUAUGCAUGGUGUUUAGACUUUUUCGUGGGUUUAAGGAGACGGUGGAAAGGGUGAGGAGUUCAGGGGCUGAUGGGGCACUGCUGUGGCAUGAACUUGGGAGUUCUUGAGGAAACCAUGAUAGACCUUUGCUUAUGUUUGUAUAUACUAACUGCGUUUAAACUGUCUGGUACAUAAAAAGAUCCUUCG